UGUAUAUGCAGAUCUGGACCAGUAGAUUAUGUUUACUUUGUCAAAAGUGAAAGUGAAAGUAUGACUAUACGGAAGCUAGAGAUCACCACAUGCAAGAAAAUGACUUCUAAGUUUUCAGAGGAGGAUUUCUCAUGUCCUGUGUGCUUUGAAAUCUUCAAGGAUCCUGUUCUCCUACAAUGCAGUCACAGUGUGUGUAAAGUUUGUUUGGAGCAAUACUGGGAGGCCAAAGGAUCCAGAGAAUGUCCUGUUUGUAGGGAAAGAUCAUACCAGACACAGCUACCCACAAACUUUGCUUUAAAGAACCUGUGUGAGACUUUCCUACAGGAGAGAAGCCAGAGAGCUUCAUCAGCGUCUGAAACAGAAUGCAGUCUGCACAGCGAGGAACUCAAAGUCUUCUGUCUGGACGAUCAACAGCCGGUGUGUUUGGUGUGUCAGACUUCAAGAAAACACACUGAACACAGAUUCUGCCCUAUUGAUGAGGCAGCAACAGACUGUAAGGAAAAGCUCAAGGCUGAAUUAAAGCUCCUGCAGGAUAAACUGGAGAACGUUAAGGACUGCAAACUGAACUGGAGUCAGACUGCAGAAUAUAUACAGAUUCAGGCUCAACACACAGAGCGUCAGAUUAAGGAGCAGUUUGAGAAGCUUCACCAGUUUCUACGAGAUGAAGAGGCAGUCAGGAUCGCUGCACUGAGAGAGGAAGAGGAGCAGAAGUGUCAGAUGAUGAAGGAGAUGAUUGAGAAGCUGAGCAGAGACAUAGCAUCUCUUUCAGACACAAUCAGAGCCAUAGAAGAGGAGAUGAGUGAUGAAGACAUCCCGUUCUUACAAAACUACAAGGCCACAGUGAAAAGAGCCCAGUGCACACUGCAGCAUCCAGAGGAGCUUUCAGGAGCACUGAUCCAUGUGGCAAAACAUCUGUCCAACCUGAUGUUCAGAGUCUGGGAGAAGAUGCAGGACACUGUCCAAUACAUGCCUAUAACACUGGACCCAAACACUGCUCAUCCUCUUCUUGUUAUAUCUGAUGAUCUGACCUGUGUGAGACUCAGUGAAGAAGAACUGAAGCUGCCAGACAAUCCAGAGAGACUAGAUGCCUGCUUAUGUGUGCUGGGCUCUGAGGGCUUUAUCUCAGGGACAUACUGCUGGGAUGUCGAAGUUGGAGAUGCUGCAGCAUGGUCACUGGGUGUAAUGACAGAGUCUGCUCAGAGGAAGGGAGAUAUAAACUCCAGAAGUGGACUCUGGUACAUGUGGUAUUAUGAUGGUGAAUAUGGCGCAGGUUCUACACCACACCCACACAGUCUCCUCUCAUUAGAACAAAAGCUUCAGAGGAUCAGAUUGCAGCUGGACAGAGAAAAUCUGUCAUUCUAUGACCCUCUUACUGGCACACAUAUACAUACUUUCACACACACAUUUACUAACAGAUUACGGCCAUAUUUAGCUAUUGGUUCUGAAACAUCUUCCCUGAAGAUCCUUCCCAUUGAUAACUAUAAACAUGUAAAUCACUGAAGAUAACGGAAGCUCAACUCAUAAAGCUGUUAGCUGCAAUCUGGAACUUGUUUCAGGUUUUCUUUAUGUCCAAGAUGACUAACAGUAUUAAUAAUAAUAAUCAUCCUGCAUGUCUCAUUUAAUUACAUGAAUUAAUACAAAA